CCCGCCGGGCGCAGAGCGCGGGCGGCCGCGGCUCCCGCGGGGUUGCUGGGAGCCGCAGGCAGGAGGCACCGACAGGCGGGAUGCGGGAGCAGCUGGAGCGCGGGCAAAGGGAAAGCGAAAGCUGCACUCUCCGCCGGUGACAGGGUGAGAGCGCGGCGCGGCCCUCCGGACGCGCGCGGUACCCGGGUCUGCCCCCGCGGGCCCGCCCGGCCGAGCGCAGCGCGCCGCAGCCAUGGCCAUCGCCCACCUGGCCACGGAGUACGUAUUCUCCGACUUCCUGCUGAAGGAGCCCAACGAGCCCAAGUUCAAGGGUCUGCGGCUGGAGCUGGCAGUGGACAAGAUGGUCACGUGCAUCGCCGUGGGGCUGCCCUUGCUGCUCAUCUCGCUCGCCUUCGCACAGGAGAUCUCAAUUGGUACACAAAUAAGCUGCUUCUCCCCAAGUUCUUUCUCCUGGCGCCAGGCUGCCUUCGUGGAUUCUUACUGCUGGGCAGCUGUUCAGCAGAAGGACUCACUGCAGAGCGAUUCUGGAAAUCUCCCUCUGUGGCUGCACAAGUUUUUCCCCUACAUCCUGUUGCUGUUCGCAAUCCUCCUGUACCUGCCCACUCUGUUCUGGCGUUUCGCAGCUGCUCCCCAUCUCUGCUCUGACUUGAAGUUCAUCAUGGAAGAGCUUGACAAAGUUUACAACCGUGCAAUUAAGGCUGCAAGGAGUGCACAGGACCUCGACCUGCGAGAUGGAGCCUGCCCAGUCCCAGGUGUCACUGAGAACGUAGGGCAAAGUUUGUGGGAGAUAUCUGAAAGCCAUUUCAAGUACCCAAUUGUGGAGCAGUACUUGAAGACAAAGAAAAACUCUAAUUAUUUAAUCAUCAAGUACAUCAGCUGCCGGCUGGUAACCCUCACCAUUAUACUGUUAGCCUGUGUCUACCUGGGCUAUUACUUCAGCCUCUCCUCACUUUCAGACGAGUUUGUGUGUAGCAUCAAGUCAGGGAUCCUGAGAAAUGACAGCACCGUCCCUGACCAGUUUCAGUGCAAACUCAUUGCAGUUGGCAUCUUCCAGUUGCUCAGCUUCAUCAACUUUAUAGUGUAUGUCCUGCUGACCCCUGUGGUCAUCUACACGCUGUUUGUUCCAUUCAGACAGAAGACAGAUGUCCUCACGGUAUACGAAAUCCUGCCUACCUUUGAUGUUCUACAUUUCAAGUCUGAAGGGUACAACGACUUGAGCCUCUACAAUCUUUUCUUAGAGGAGAAUAUUAGUGAGCUCAAGUCAUACAAGUGUCUUAAGGUACUGGAGAAUAUUAAAAGCAGUGGUCAGGGGAUCGACCCACUGCUACUCCUGACCAACCUGGGCAUGAUCAAGAUGGACGUUGUUGAUGGCAAAACCCCCAAGUCUGCAGAGACGGUGGGAGAGGAGCAGGGGAACCGGAUGGCAGAGCUCAAAGGUCUGGACCUACAGAGUGAAACUAGAGCAAAUAAUGGAGAGAAGAAUGUACGACAGAGACUUCUGGAUUCUUCUUGCUGAUGAUUUUUUCUCUCAAACUUCAAAUCUGUGACUUCUGUAACAUGGGAUUUAUUUUAGUUAAAGUAGCCCUGUUGGGUUCACAGCUGAUUUGCAGUAAAUGGUU